CGCGACCAUAUUAAUAUUAUCUCCCUCCCACAUUUCUAAACACAACCAUCGAAAUACCCUCAAAGUCGCAGUGGUCGCUUGCGCUGGCAUCACCAACAUCUUCGCUUAUCGCGACUUGGGCCGAGAACGCGCACAGUUGCGCGCAUCCGGGGAAACUGAUUUCGCAUUGGAGAUAAGAGAUGGCACCGGCUAUGUCGACUUUAUCAGAUGAGGGAUUGCUUUCGCAAGAGCGACAGCAUGAACAAGACGAGAACGAUGUGGCAGUACCUUCGAGCCCGCUACUCGAGUCGAGAUCAAGAUCACCAGCUGGGUGGAGAGCGAAACUGGGCUUGGGCGGUGUUGCGAGAAGAACCCUUGGCUUUGCGCUGUUAUUGCUGACGGUGUUCCUAUGGACAUUAUACAAUUUCAUCGCCAGUUACAUGUUCUCUGAUCAAACCUACAACAAGCCCUUCUUCAUCGUUUACCUCAACACCUCGAUAUUCGCAAUCUCCUUAAUACCCAAGUUCUUCAAAUACCUACGGAAGCAUGGAAUCAGUGGAAUGCGACACGAUGCGACGCAACUAUGGUCCGAUUAUAAGCAUGGCAGAAUAAACACGAAGUCACUCUAUCAAACCGAGGACGAGCAGGCAACCGAGCGCUUGAUAUCGCAAGGAUACGGAAGCACUGAAACCGCAACCUCCGAAGAGAAGCUGACGUUCAAGGAGACUGCCGUUUUGAGCUUCGAGUUCUGCAUGCUGUGGUUCUCAGCGAACUACUUUGCGUCAGCUUGUCUCGAGUACACAAGCGUCGCGAGCGUUACGAUCCUGACAUCCACGAGUAGUGUCUGGACUCUUAUCUUCUGCUCCCUAUUCGGAAUCGAACGGUUCUCGACAGCCAAAAUCUUGGGUGUGGGAGCUUCCCUAGCAGGAGUGAUUCUUAUCUCGACUGUAGAUUUGUCCGGCAAAAGCGAUGAGGAUAGAGGAUCGUUCCCGCACAAGUCACCUACGCAAAUCGCGGUUGGAGAUUCGAUGGCGCUCCUGAGUGCCGUUAUUUAUGGUCUUUAUGUGACUGUGAUGAAGCGCAAGGUUCCAAAUGAGGAUAAGGUCGAUAUGCAGAUGUUCUUCGGACUUGUUGGUGCCUUCAACGUGGUUCUCCUUUGGCCCAUCUUCUUCAUUUUGCAUUGGACGGGCUUAGAACCGUUUGAACUACCUCCCAGCAGCACACUUUGGGGCAUCAUUAUUUUCAAUGCGGUGUCUUCCUUCAUCAGCGAUAUUUCAUGGGCCCUCGCCCUGCUCAUGACGACACCCCUUGUGGUGACAGUUGGCCUAUCCCUCACAAUACCCUUGUCUUUGAUUGGCGAGAUCUUACAAUAUCAGCAAUACUCGAGUUUUACCUAUUGGGUUGGUGCUGCAGUUGUUUUUGUUUCAUUCAUUGUGGUCAGCCGAGAGAGCGACGAUGGGGAGGAACCCAAAAAGGACGACGACUUGGAGAGAUCGGUGGGAGUUUGAGUGUAUGGGUCAUGAAGAUAACGACAUGUAUGAGCUUACGAAAUUUUGAGGCGUUUGGCUUGCUUUCAACAGCAAGUUACGGGACAGCAGGGACAAGUUAUGCACAGGAUGCAAGGCGUUUCAACCGCAAGAUACGGCUAGACGAACAGUUCAGCCAUGGAGAUAUGGAGUUAAGGAUGCAAUUCAGAAUGUUAGAUUUCCCGAUCUGGAAAAUUGCAGGAAAUAAGUCUUGAUCGUGCAGGGUCUUGGGGGCCUCGUGGUUCUGGACCCUGAACUUCUCAUUUAUACUCUCG